AGAGCUGCUGACCUAGAGGCAGAAGCUGGUUCUGGGAGACUCCAUUACUACCCCUGCCAGAUGACCAUAGAUGGGCAAACCAAAGCAGCAACUGCAGGAGAUGUGCACACCUACCUCCCAGCGGCAGACGAGGGGAAUGACCUGCCUGUGGCUUCUCAGAGGGGAAUGACUUCUCUCAGUGCUUUUCUUCGAGCCUCCUGAGCCCACCAGCAGGCUCAGCCAUCCCAGCAAGUCCCUCUCCUGACCCCCGCUGGGCAUGUCGGUUUCCAAUACGUCUCAGACAUGCAAGGAUUACAGCUUCAACCACCACCUCCUCCUGCCUGGCUACAUCCUGAUUUUCAUCACGGGACUGAUGCUGAAUGUUAUGGCCCUGUGGAUAUUCAUCCGCUACCUGCGCCUGAAGUCUGUAGUCAUGAUCUACAUGUUCAAUCUGGCCGUGAGCGACCUCACCUUCACACUCCCUCUGCCGCUGCGGCUCUACUACUACUCCAACCACCAGUGGCCCUUUGGUAACACCCUGUGCCAGGUCUCUGGCUCUGUCUUGCAGAUCAACAUGUAUGGUAGCUGCCUCUUCCUCAUGUGCAUCAACCUGGAUCGCUACGUUGCCAUUGUCCACCCACUUCGUUGGCGGCAUCUGCGGCGCCCCAAGGUCGCCAAGCUCCUCUGCCUGAUCGUCUGGGUUGUGAUCUUCACGGGCUCCAUCCCCAUGGCCAUAGUCCACAAGCAGAACCACUGUGAGGUGCAGAACCAGACCAUUUAUCUGUUCUUUGAAAGCUUCAGUGACAACAUGUGGCAGAAAAACCUCUUUCCCCUAGUUGUCCUGACCGAAAUCUUGAGGUUCCUCCUGCCUCUCAGCUCUGUGACAUACUGCUCAAUUCGGAUCUUUCAGGAGCUCUGCCAGGGCAGCCGCAAGAAGACUUUGCGACAGCAGAAGACUGUUCGCAACCUGGUAAUCUUCAUCAUCUGCUUUGUGCCCUACAACAUUACUCUGGCAGUUUAUGGGAUGAUAAAGGCCCGGGUGAUGAAGUUUGAGCAAGAAACACAGAAGACUGUGCGCCAGGUGUUAAUUAUGACCAUGCUGUUGGCCAGCAUGAACUGCAUGCUGGACUCUGUGAUCUACUAUUUUAGUGCUGAGGGUUUCCGUAACACCUUCAAGAAACUGAGGCGGGGGCAAGUCUGGGACUCAGAUAUAGGGAUGCUUAAGAAUCGGGUUGUGGAGCGCAAGUCAACCCAUGACCACACUGUGUCAAAAGUUAAACAGUUCCCAAAUGAAAAAAUUAUCCCUCCAAAUGAAUCUUCACCAUCCCUUUCUACUGCAGUAUUUUUGAAUGUACCUAUUGAGGACUCAGAAUUAUAA